CCAUUCACUCACUCACUUUAGGCCAAUCCGUCCUCUCCCUCUCUCUCCCUCUCUCUGUGUCUCUCUCCUACUCUGAGACAGAGUCAGAACUCUUCUCCCUGACAGCCACAAACAUCUACAGCACUUAUUGCAUUCAGAGAGGGAACCUGCAAACAAAACUUCACAGAAAACUUUUGGUUCUUGUUCCAGAGAAUUUGCUGAAGAGAAGGAAAAACAAACAAACAAACAAACAAACCAAACCAGCCCCAAAAAAACUGUGCGUGAAGGGGGAGGAAAAGCAGGGCCUUUUAAAAAGGGAAUCACAACAACUUUUGCUGCCAGGAUGCCUUUGCUUUGGAAGAGAGGAUUUUUGUUGGUGCUUUGCUGGAUUAUAGUGAGGAGUUCCCCAACCCCAGGAUCCGAGGGGCACAGUUCAGUCACUGACUGUCCAUCAUGUGCCCUUGCCACGCUCUCAAAGGAUGUGCCCAGCUCACAGCCUGAGAUGGUGGAAGCAGUAAAGAAGCACAUACUGAACAUGUUGCACUUGAGGGACAGACCUAAUAUCACCCAGCCGGUGCCCAAAGCAGCACUUUUAAAUGCCAUCAAGAAACUCCACGUGGGAAAGGUGGGAGAGGAUGGCUAUGUGGAAAUAGAGGAUGAUGUUGGAAGAAGAGCCGAAAUGAAUGAAGUUGUGGAGCAAACCUCAGAAAUCAUCACUUUUGCGGAAUCAGGCACACCCAAGAAAACGUUGCACUUUGAGAUUUCCAAGGAAGGCAGUGAGUUAUCAGUGGUGGAACAUGCUGAAGUGUGGCUCUUCCUGAAGGUCUCCAAGGCCAACCGGAGCAGGACAAAAGUCACCAUCCGCCUGUUUCAACAGCAGCGGCAGCCAAAAGGCAACUAUGAAGGAGCAGAAGAUAUGGAGGAUGGAGGGCUGAAAGGUGAAAGGAGUGAGACUCUGAUUUCAGAAAAGGCAGUGGACACCCGAAAGAGCACUUGGCACAUCUUUCCUGUCUCCAGCAGUGUCCAGAGACUCCUGGACCAAGGCAAGAACUCCUUGGACGUGCGGAUUGCCUGUGACCUGUGCCAAGAGACUGGGGCAAGCCUGGUGCUACUGGGCAAGAAGAAGAAAAAGGAAGAUGAUGGGGAGGGGAAAGAAAAGGAUGCUGGAGAAGUCCCAGGAGAAGAGGAGAAGGAGCAAUCGCACCGGCCCUUCCUGAUGAUGCUUGCCCGGCACUCGGAGGACCGUCAGCACAGGCGGCGGAGACGGGGCCUGGAGUGUGAUGGCAAAGUCAACAUCUGCUGCAAGAAGCAGUUCUUUGUCAGCUUCAAGGACAUAGGAUGGAGUGACUGGAUCAUUGCACCUACAGGUUAUCAUGCCAACUACUGCGAAGGAGAGUGCCCCAGCCAUAUAGCAGGCACAUCUGGUUCGUCAUUAUCUUUCCACUCCACUGUCAUCAACCAUUACCGCAUGCGGGGCCAUAGCCCCUUUGCCAACCUCAAGUCAUGUUGUGUGCCCACCAAGCUGCGGCCCAUGUCCAUGCUCUACUAUGACGAUGGCCAGAACAUCAUCAAGAAAGAUAUACAGAAUAUGAUUGUGGAGGAGUGUGGCUGUUCAUAGACACAUAUGUGCACAAGACUCUUCUCUUUAAGUUGAGAAGAGAACGUUUUAAAAGCCCAAGAAGAGGAAAGACCUGACAUGGUAUAAAAUCCUUUUUGAAUGAAACAAUCAUCUGAAAUAAAAACAAGAACAAGCAAAUUAAAAACAAAAACAAACAAACAAACAAAAAAA